CUGACUUGUCUCGAAACCAUAGCAUAAAUGAACAAAGCACUAUAUAAAGACAAAGCAUCCCGAUCGCUAUAGUCCGCUUCCUGGAUCAGAAGCUUCUCGUCUUCAUCUCCUCCAUCUUCACCGCCAUGGCAACGCUACCAUCACCGCCUGUCCACAUCGACCUCUGGACCAUCCUAUCAGAAUCCAAACGCAUAAUCAACGCCCACUCCCGCCACUUCCUUGCUCUCUCCGUCCUCUUCCUUCUCCCUCUCUCCUUCUCAAUCUCCGCCUACCCCGCCAUCAACCAGCUCGUCUCCCGACCCUCCCCUCUCACCGUCGAAACCCACCUCAGCUUCUUCAACCCUAUUCAACAACAGCCCCGUAACUUCCCCGUUAAAACCCUCAUCUUCUUUUUCCUCUACACCCUCUUCACCGUCAUCUUCUCUCUCUUCGCCACCGGUUCCAUCACUUACAGCGUUUUCCACGGCUUUUACGGCCGACCCGUCAAGCUCGUAUCCACUAUCAAGUCAGCUUUCACUUCCUUCUUCCUUCUCUUGUCAACUUGCGUUAUUUCGGAGCUGAUCGUAUCUGGGUUCCUUUUAAUUCUUGCUUUAAUCUUCUUUUCAUUAGUCAAAGCAAUCCAACUUCUAGGCUUCCAACUUGAUGUCUCUUCACCUUAUUUUAUUUCCCUUUGUCUGGUUUUUGUAAUUUCUUUCAUUUUUAUUGUGGUUUAUUUACGAGUGAAUUGGACAUUUGCUUAUGUUGUUGUCGUGGUUGAAUCAAGCUGGGGACUUGAGCCGUUAAAACGAAGCAAAAACUUAGUUAAAGGAAUGAAGGGGGUUGCUUUUUCGAUGAUUCUGUUUUUCGGGUUCGUGAGUGGGAUUUUUUCAUGGGGCUCAGCUGUAAGAUGGGGUGAUGCAGAUGCUGAUAAUUGGAGAAGUUGGGCAUUUGUUUUAGAUAUUGUGGUCACUUCCACUGCCUUAAUGAUGCUUAUGCUUUAUAAUUUGGCUGCAAGUACAGUUUUUUAUAUGUAUUCCAAGGCUAUACAUGGAGAGCUUGCAGGGGAGAUUGCUGAAGAGUUUGCAAGAGAGUAUGUAAGUUUGCCUUUUGAUGAUGGCAAAAUUCCUCAUGUUGUUUCUGUUGUUUAAGGUUGAUGAAAAUAGGAAUUUUGAGUUAGUUCAAGUUCUGUUGUUGUUGUUGUUGUUGAUUUGUCCAUGUUUUCUCUACUUUUACUUGUAUCUAUAAAAGAAAAGAUGUGUGAACAAUGCAAAUAAAUGUUACACGUUUCUGAGUUUGUUCAUAAA